UUGCUUGCAUGUGGAACCUUUGAAAUGAUAACACAAACUCCGUCGGUACCUGAGACGUAACACUAUUAUUUGAAAGAUGGCGGACGUUCCCAAUAAUGCGCCGCAGCACUGCCCUGGAACCACCAGUGAUCAGGCGGGCCAGACGUCUGCAUGCCAGGGAUGCCCCAAUCAAAACAUUUGCGCUUCUGGUGCUACCAAAGCUCCUGACCCUGCCAUAGAAGAGAUCAAGGUGAAGCUGGCCACCGUGAAGCACAAGAUCCUGGUUCUGUCAGGAAAGGGUGGCGUUGGGAAGAGCACAUUCAGUGCCCACCUGGCCCAUGCCCUUGCCAGCGACGAGACCAAAGAGGUUGCUCUGCUGGAUGUGGACAUCUGUGGUCCCUCCAUACCUAAGAUGAUGGGCUUGGAGGGAGAGCAGGUUCACCAGAGUGGUUCGGGAUGGUCCCCUGUGUACGUGGAGGACAACCUGGCAGUGAUGUCCAUCGGCUUCCUGCUCAGUAGCCCUGAUGAUGCAGUCAUCUGGAGGGGCCCCAAGAAGAACGGGAUGAUCAAACAGUUUCUGCGGGAUGUGGACUGGGGGGAGCUGGACUUCUUGAUCGUGGACACACCCCCCGGCACCUCCGACGAGCACCUGUCCAUAGUUCAGUACCUCGGGGAGGCUCGCAUAGACGGUGCAGUCAUCAUAACCACGCCACAGGAAGUGUCGCUUCAGGACGUGAGGAAGGAGAUUGGCUUCUGUCAGAAGGUCAAGCUGCCCAUCAUCGGUGUCGUGGAGAACAUGAGUGGCUUUGUGUGCCCCAAGUGCAAGAACACUUCCCAGAUCUUCCCCCCAACUACAGGCGGAGCUGAGAGGAUGUGCGAAGAGUUGAAUCUUCCUCUUUUGGGAAAAGUGCCACUGGACCCUCGAAUAGGGAGAAGCUGUGACGAGGGGAAAUCGUUCCUUAGCGAAGUGCCCGACUCCCCUGCAGCCAUCGCUUAUGGGAACAUAGUCCAGAGGAUCAAGGACUACUGUGCUUCACAUGUCAGUAUAUCAGGAGAUAAUUCAGAUUAGCCUUCUAAUAACAUAUUUAUAUAAUAUAAGUCGGCCUGAAGUUGCUUAAGGUACUCCCUGAGGAACUCUCUACAUGCAUUGUAAGAUGAGAAGAGGAAGGACGGGAACGAGGAGCAUCUUAAUGGCUUCCCUACCCGCUGUCCAGAUUAAGUCAGCGAGAUCUUUGCUCUUUGCGAACGCACAAACUUCAUAUGUAGCUGCUGCUUGGAUCAAAGUAGGCAGGCAGGCUCAUCCCUGAUUCUGGCUCUGUGAUGUCUGACUUGAUUUCAGCGAAGCUCUCGGAAAUCGCUCUGUCGCUCCUGGCAUGUAGCUGUAGCGUGCCGUUUUCAAGAUUAAGAUUUCAGCACGACCAUUGUAAUCAAACUGAUCUACGUACUCUAGUCCUAAAGAAGUCAAAGUUACAUUACACAAAUUGUAUAAGGAAUUCAUUUUUAAAUAAUUUUUGUAUAUGUUUACCUCCUAAAUGAUUUGUCUUUGAUUUACAAAAAAUAAAUUAUGUAAAUGAUA